AUGGCGAAGUGGAAUUUCAUUGCUAUUCUCUUUCUCGCUCUUGUGAAUUCUUUAUCGGCAGCAAAGCCCGUCAAAAAUGAUACCAAUAAGAUGGUAUGGGGGUGCUCUGCCACCCCAUUCCGCGAGCUAUGUCUGUCGCUCCUCAGAUCAGACCCUCGUAGCUACGACGCCAAGGGUUACAGAGAAGUGGGCCAAAUCAUGGUCGAGUUCGCAUUGGCCAAAGCUGAGGAAACUCUAUCGUUUGUUAAAUCGUCGGAGAAUAAAACCACCGACAAAGCUGUCGGCGCGAGCCUCGUGGUAUGCCGCGGUCUGUACGACCGCAUCAUACGCGACCACAUUCCGAAUGCCCUUGAGACCUCGAAGCAGAGCGAGGAGAACGCGACACGGAUAAUGGGCGAAGCAUCUUCGGACGGAGAGAGUUGUGAAAAGGAGUUUAGUAAGAACCAUGUUAAAUCUGUGUUGACUAAGAGGAACCAAGAAUUCAGUGACAUUGCUAACAUAGCCCGGUACAUAUGGUAUCUAGAUUGGAGUUGA